GGUCCAGCCUCAAAACAAGUUCUGAAGCAGAAGGAAGAGGGCCACCUUCCACAUGCUCCACCAUCACUUACUAAUAAUCUUGGAGAAUGUUGGCCUACUUGGUGCUCCUUUUGCAUGGAAAAUGGAAAUCGUAUCUUGUCACCACAAUGUUCUCCUGGGGUGAGGUCAUUCUUCUGGGGACACAUGCUGUGUGACUCUGCCAGCUUUAGUGGGGAUAGUCCUAACCUACCUGAUGUGGGAAUAAGCCAGCCGAAGCACGCUGCUGCCUGUUCAUGACUGCUUUCUUCAUGCUACUGUGCUGGGCACAGCUUGCUUUUUCUCUAGGUGGGCUGGAAGAGGCAGCUCCCUUUCCACUUCAGAUUUGGUGUCAGAAUUCUGUUCUGGCUGUCUUUCUGCUACAGAACUCCAUUGAUGUGCUUCUCAUUACCAUCUGCACAGUUAGUUUAUAAAAUUAAAUAGAAGUAGUAAACAAAAUACCAGAUACUCCUCCUAAAGCUCCAUCUGUAAAUAUCUCCCUUGCCUACUCAUGCUUUUUGAUGAAGGAAAAGUAAGCAGUUAGAGAACCUAAAACAGGUUGGAUUACGUCAAAACAGGCAGUUCUGUUAAAAUCAAAACAUUGCUGUUUGAUAUUUUAAGCGCCCGAUUCUCUCAACAAGCACACUGACGAAACUGAAGCUCCUUGUUUUGACAUUUUCAGAAUGAAAAGUUUAGAUUUUUCAUUCUGAAGUAUGUUUUCAUCCAAAAUGAACUAUCAUGAUCUACCAAAGUUUAAAAUACUUUUCCCUUAUAGAAAAAAUGUGGGUUUGUUUGGUUUGGAUUUGCUCUGAUUUGGAAGGAACUUGAAAUUUUUUGAUCUCUCAGUCUUCCCAUUCUCCCUACAGUUCUAACUGUUGGUUCCCUAAGAACAAUGAUAACAGUCGGUUUUUUUCCGUAUUUUUCUUGUUACUGAAGUACUAAGUUUACCUAUGCACCAAGUAAACAUGAAAAAUUGUACACUAAAUUUGCAGUAGUGGCUAGCUGUGUUUUCAGUAAAUUCAGUUAUUAAAAAAAACCUUCAUAUCCUUACUUCAGAACUCUAGAAAACCUGGAGCAAUUUCCCUUUGAUUGCCAGGAAUCUAGAUGUGGAGCUGAUUCCAGUGCUAAUCCACAGUGUGAUCAGAUGCUCUUUGUCAUCGUCAUGCCUCGAUUUCUAUUCCAUGGCACAGGGAGUCUGACCUGUGUUAUAUGAAGAAAGCAAACAAUUAAUGUGUGUCUUCUCACUGGUACUUCUCUGUAUGAAGCUAUCAAUACGCGUAAGGCUCAUCUAUGCUGCGCGGAGGCAAGUGGCAUAGUGACAUGUGGCUUCAUCCACUUCGGUCACCAGAGGAGGCAGUGCUGAGGGAAAGCACUAAGCUGGUUGCAGUGGCUCACCUGUAAUGCAGCAGCUGUUAGGCUUGCUUUCUGCAUACAAGGUCCCAGGUUUGUCACUCUGUAAGUGCAAGACAGCUGUUCACACAGGAGGCAGCUCUGGUUCGGACCCUCAUCACUUUACGUGUAUACUUCUGUGACUUUUGUGACUUCUUCCUACUUUUCCUGAGCCGUUAUAGUGAACAAAAAAAAAAAUUUGUGUUACUGACUUCAAAGGCUUAAAUAGUCAUUUAAGCGGUUGAAAUCGAACAUGUAUUAGAAAACAUAGAUGGCUACCCAUCUGUAAAAGUAAUCCCCACAAAAUACAUCAGCAUACACAUCAUGUACAAAUAUGAAAUAUGUUGCUUUGUAAUCACUAUUUGACAUGGGCUGAGAGUUCCCUGAGGUAGUACUCAUUUGCACUGGAACAAAAAUUCCAGGCACAGCAUUCAUCAACAUUUGCCUCUUUAAGGAUGGAAAUGCUGUAGCGACUUUGAGAGUAUUUGUAUUGAGUAGGUGAAAAGCAUGUGGCUCUGACAUAGCUUCUUAGGUUUUGAUUUUUAGACUGUUUAUCUUAUAGCAUAUUCAUCAAUUUUAGGAAGUUAAACUUGCUUUCAUUGUGUGAAACAUGCUUCUAAGGUUGAAAUUUGCAACCACAGUGUUGCAUUAAUGAAGUUUUUUGAACUGAUGGAUGUGAAUCCUCUGUGCCAUGUGUGUUUUCUUCUAUACUGCAUAGAGUUAUAGGAUAGAAGGCAACUUGGCAGAGAGCAGAUCUUUAAUUAGCAGUAUGAAGCUCAGGCAUAUGCUGUCUAGCAGUUACUUAUUCUGGUUAUUCAGUCACAUUGGCUUAGAGACCUUUAGUUGCCCACACAGUACAGUUCUCUUCUGUUUGGGUUUGUCUUUCACGACUGCCAAAAGCUCAGCUUGUGUGAGCGUUUUCUCUUUGUAAGUAAGGUUCAAACUGUAUCCAAUAAGGACACUGCUAGAGAGGAUGACCUUGGCUGGUGAUACUGUGCAGGCAUUAAUGACGGACUAGAUGAAGAGCAUAAUAAUCUUGCCAAUUCCCAGAAGAAAUACUGUCGCCAGGACAACUGAAACGGUAUGACACAGGAGAUAAGGGAUAUGCUCGCCAGUAUGCUUGAUCGCAGUGCUCUCUUCAGAUUUUACCCAGCGGAAAACACGGAUGGUUCCUUUCACACAUUUAUAAAGUUAAUGCUUCCACGCACCUUUGCCCGUGCUUCUUGGUGUCUGCUUUUGUGAAGCACUGAGCAUGUUUCCUGGAAGAAAAAGAUGUUGCUUUGCCAAGUUGUGCUUCCCACUUCCUGGUUUAACUCCAAACCUGAUCUCCUUUGUAAAUUGUUUCAUCUCACAUGUGCCAUCUUCUGCACUGGCUCUUGUGAUACUUAAUCAGAAAAAGAAAGUGGGAAGUGACUCAAAGGUCCACAGACUGUAGACUAUGCUAAGUAACGUAAUACAACAUUUGCAAAUCAUAGACAGCUCUUAAGAAAUAAAGAUAACAACUAGGUAGAAGAAAAGAGAGAUCUUCAAAAGAAAGGUGGAAAGACAGACAACUGAGAACAAUGCUUUGGGUAGAGAGCCCCCCCCCCGGGGAAGGGACUGCCAUCGGCCAGCCUUGCCCUCCUGGGACACAGCCUAGCUGCACAGCACAGGAGCAGCGCAGCGCCUGGAGCCGCGUCGUGCCACGUGACGGCCCAGCGGGGAUAAUAAGCCGCAGCAAUGAGCCGCGUUGGGCUUCUCCGGAGACUCAGCCACAGGGACCUGCAGCAGCAGCAGCAAGAGAGGGAGAAAGAGAGAGAGAGAAGGUCACCACAGGUCAGCUCCUACCUGACAGCUUCAGCCUGUGCUCUCAGCGAGACUCAUCAAUAUUCACACCCUGUCACCUCGGAAAAAGAAAAAGAGAAAGAAAAAAACCAAACUGCUACCAACCCAUCAGCAAUUAAACUAAAAACUAACAACAACAGUUUAAAAGUAGUCAAAGCCACAGCAAUUGAAGCUGAUCCUGGGUAGCAUGAAUCAGAUAGAAACAAACAUGCAGUACACCUACAGCUAUGAAGAAGAGGAGUACAUGACCCAAGAGGAGGAAUGGGACAGGGACCUGCUCCUGGACCCAGCAUGGGAGAAACAACAAAGGAAGACAUUUACAGCCUGGUGCAAUUCUCAUCUCAGGAAAGCAGGCACACAGAUUGAGAACAUUGAGGAGGACUUCAGGAACGGCCUCAAACUGAUGCUCCUCUUGGAAGUUAUCUCAGGGGAAAGACUACCAAAACCAGACAGAGGAAAGAUGCGCUUCCAUAAAAUUGCUAAUGUCAACAAAGCUCUGGAUUAUAUCGCCAGCAAAGGAGUGAAACUUGUGUCAAUUGGUGCAGAAGAAAUUGUUGAUGGCAAUGUGAAAAUGACGCUGGGUAUGAUCUGGACUAUUAUCCUUCGCUUUGCUAUUCAGGAUAUUUCAGUGGAAGAGACUUCUGCCAAAGAAGGGCUGCUGCUGUGGUGUCAAAGAAAAACUGCUCCUUACAGAAAUGUGAACAUUCAGAAUUUCCAUCUUAGCUGGAAAGAUGGCCUUGGAUUAUGUGCACUUAUCCACAGACACCGACCUGAUCUUAUUGACUACUCCAAACUAAAUAAGGAUGACCCCAUAGGAAAUAUCAAUCUUGCCAUGGAAAUCGCUGAAAAGCAUUUGGAUAUCCCUAAGAUGUUGGAUGCAGAAGAUGUAGUAAACACUGCCAGACCUGAUGAAAGAGCCAUUAUGACUUAUGUUUCCUGUUACUACCAUGCAUUUGCUGGUGCUCAGAAGGCUGAGACUGCAGCUAAUCGGAUCUGUAAGGUGCUUGCUGUGAAUCAAGAAAAUGAGAGGUUGAUGGAAGAAUAUGAGAGACUAGCAAGUGAGCUUUUAGAAUGGAUUCGCCGGACAAUUCCUUGGCUGGAAAACAGGACUCCAGAAAAAACAAUGCAGGCCAUGCAGAAGAAAUUAGAGGAUUUCCGAGACUACCGCCGCAAACAUAAACCUCCCAAAGUGCAGGAAAAAUGUCAGCUGGAGAUCAAUUUCAACACCCUGCAGACAAAACUGAGGAUCAGCAAUCGGCCAGCUUUCAUGCCAUCAGAGGGGAAAAUGGUUUCAGAUAUUGCUGGUGCUUGGCAGAGACUUGAGCAAGCUGAGAAAGGCUAUGAAGAGUGGCUGCUGAAUGAAAUACGAAGAUUGGAAAGACUUGAACACUUGGCUGAGAAAUUCAGGCAGAAGGCUUCCACUCAUGAACACUGGGCAUAUGGCAAAGAGCAGAUCUUACUUCAGAAGGAUUAUGAAUCUGCUUCUCUGACAGAAGUUCGCGCUAUGUUGAGGAAACAUGAAGCUUUUGAGAGUGAUUUGGCUGCUCACCAGGACAGGGUGGAACAGAUCGCUGCCAUUGCCCAGGAGCUGAAUGAACUGGACUACCAUGAUGCUGCAAGUGUCAAUGAUCGAUGCCAAAAGAUAUGUGACCAAUGGGACAGACUGGGAACACUUACUCAGAAAAGGAGGGAGGCACUGGAGAGGACGGAGAAAUUGCUGGAAACAAUUGAUCAGCUUCACCUGGAGUUUGCCAAAAGAGCUGCUCCUUUCAACAACUGGAUGGAAGGUGCUAUGGAAGAUCUACAAGACAUGUUUAUCGUUCAUAGCAUAGAGGAAAUUCAGAGUUUAAUCUCUGCACAUGAUCAGUUUAAAGCUACUUUGCCGGAGGCAGAUGGUGAAAGACAGGCCAUAUUGUCAAUCCAGAAUGAAGUUGAGAAAGUUAUUCAGAGUUACAACAUGAGAAUAAGCUCAAGCAAUCCUUACAGCACUGUCACUGUGGAAGAAAUCCGUACCAAGUGGGAAAAGGUGAAACAGCUGGUGCCCCAGAGGGAUCAAUCCUUGCAGGAGGAGCUAGCCCGCCAGCACUCAAAUGAGCGCCUACGUCGCCAGUUUGCUGCUCAGGCCAAUGUCAUUGGGCCGUGGAUCCAGACCAAGAUGGAGGAAAUUGCCCGCAGCUCUAUUGAAAUGACAGGGCCUUUGGAGGACCAGAUGAAUCAGCUGAAGCAAUAUGAGCACAAUAUCAUCAACUAUAAAACCAAUAUUGACAAACUGGAAGGAGAUCAUCAGCUUAUACAAGAAGCCCUGGUGUUUGACAACAAGCACACCAACUAUACUAUGGAGCACAUCCGUGUUGGAUGGGAGCUCUUACUUACCACCAUUGCUCGAACUAUCAAUGAGGUUGAGACUCAGAUCCUCACAAGAGAUGCUAAGGGUAUCACUCAGGAACAAAUGAAUGAAUUCAGAGCAUCAUUCAAUCAUUUUGACAGGAAUGAAUCUGGCAAGCUGCAGUCUGAUGAAUUUAAAGCCUGCCUCAUCAGUCUAGGACAGGUUGGAAAUGACCUGCAGAGGAAGAAUGGACUGAUGGACCAUGAUGAUUUCAGAGCUUGCUUAAUUUCAAUGGGUUAUGAUUUGGGUGAGGCUGAGUUUGCCCGAAUCAUGUCUCUGGUUGACCCCAAUGGGCAAGGAACCGUCACUUUCCAGUCCUUCAUUGACUUCAUGACCAGAGAAACAGCGGACACAGACACGGCUGAACAAGUGAUCGCUUCCUUCAGAAUUCUCGCUUCAGAUAAGCCUUAUAUCCUGGCAGAUGAAUUACGUCGAGAACUGCCUCCUGAUCAGGCUCAGUACUGCAUCAAGAGGAUGCCUCCCUACACUGGCCCAGGUUCUGUUCCUGGGGCUCUGGAUUACACCUCUUUCUCGUCAGCACUGUAUGGAGAAAGCGACCUCUAAUUCUGUAAUUGACGGUAUUCAUGUUAGACACUGAAAAUACCCACCUAAUUUCUCAGAUUACUUUUCAAAAGCUUUGACAAGCCAAUUUAAAAAUGAGUUUUACAAAGUAGGUACUUCCAGUGUAACGUGCUAGUAACUAAACUAGUAUAUAUUAAAGUGUGCAGCACGCAUAGAUUUCUGCAUUGUUGGUUUUAGGUUGUCUGUCCUAUACAAUGCUAGAAAAUAUUUUGAAGAUAAAACAAAUUCCAGGAUAUUAAUUUUGGAAAUAUCCCUUGAGAAAAUAAAA